AAAAAAAGAUGGAUAAAUAUCUAGAAUACUGUCUCACCAUUUUACGUCACAUAUUCCCUUUUAAUCUUUAGUCGUAUGCAGGCACAUUUUGACAAUUGAAAUUAUGUACCUACAACUUUUCAUCCCGUAUUUUCACUUAACUUUAUGCAGAAUGUGUUCACAUAUUGCUGUUUUUGUAGUUACUGUUUUCAGUGGCAGCGUAAGAAUUCCAACAAGUUAUAAUACAAUGAACAAUUUAUUUUAACUCUAGUGAUUCCACAGGUAUUUAAUAAACACAUACAAUGUGCGAAAUACUCUUGGGUAGUAAGAAAAUGGUAGUAAAUAUAAACUUCCUGCCCUCCAAGCUUAGAGCAUGGUGUGUGCAUGUAGGGGCGUGAGGCAGUGGUUUUCACAAGGGUUUGCUAUGUGAUAGAAAGGUCACGACAGGGUCCUGCAGGGGCUCACAGCAGAGGCAGUUCCCUGGGGCAGAUGGGUUAGAGAACAUUUCCCAGAGAUGUUUCCAAGCUGAGACUUGAGGAAUGUGCGGGAGUGAAGGAGGAACAGACUUGGUAGGACGUUGGGGAGGUCAGAAGGAGUAGAGUUUCAGAAAGAGGGAGUAGUGUAUGUAAAGGCCCAGAAACAACCUGGCACAGUCAGUACAUUGAAAUGCAGCUGCUGGGCAGCCCGUUGGCUCAGCGGUUUAGUGCCGCCUUCAGCUCAGGGCCUGAUGCUGGAGACCCGGGAUUGAGUCCCACAUCGGGCUCCUUGCAUGGAGCCUGCUUCUCCCUCUGCCAGUGUCUCUGCCUCUCUCUCUCUCUCUCUCUCUCUGUGUCUCUCAUGGGUGAAUAAAUAAAAUCUUAAAAAAAAAUUGAAAUGCAGCUGCAUCUAACGUGGGACUUGGUGAGCAUAGUGUUCUUUAGCAGUGAGGUAAAAGAAAGCUCAAGCAAGGGGCUCGUAAGCUACAGGAAAUUUGAGUUUUAGUUAAAAUUCCCUUUGCUCAAUUUUUCCGGUCAAAAAUAUUGGAGUUCUAUUUGUCUUAUGUUCUUGUCCUCACACCUUACACCCAGUCUCAGUAAAUCCAGUAGUUCCAGCCUCAAAAUUAACUCAGAAUCAGACUACUUAGUGCCUCCACCACUACCCUCUUUGUCCAAGCCACCAUCAUCUCCUGCCUGGGAUACCACACUAGCCUCCGAUUGGUACCCCCACUCCUCCCUUGUUGUCAUAGAGUCUCCCCACAUUUUAACCAGUUAGGGAAUAAUGAAAAUCGGGUAAUAGCAUUCUGCAAAAUCACCAAAUGGCUUUCUGUAUCACAGUAAAAGCCAACAUCCCUUUGAAGGUCUGCAGCACCUUAUGUGAUCUGAUGUUCCAUGACUUCUCUGACUUGUGUCCUGUCCUGGUACACUUGUUUCCACUGCCACCACUGACCUUGCUGUUUAUUAGCCAUGCCAGGUGUGCUCCUGCCUAAAGUACUUACUAUGCACUUCCCUUGGCCUAGAAUUAUUUUGUCCUGAUACCUUCAUGACAUAUUCCCUCAUUUCCUUCAAUUAUGAUAAAAUAUCACCUGAUUAGUCAGAGAAGAAACACCUAACCCGUCUAUAUAAAAUGACAACCCUCUGGGAUGCCUGGGUAGCUCAGUCAGUUAAGUGUCCAACUCUUGGUUUCGGCUGAGGUCAUGAUAUGAGAAUCAUGAGAUCAAGUCCUGCAUUAGGCUGGCACUCAGCACAGAGUCUGCUCGAUAUUCUCUCUCUCCAUCUCCCUCUGCCCCUACCCCUGGGCACUUGCAAGCUUUCUAAAUAAAUAAAUAGAUAAAACCUUUAAAAUGAUAACUCUGGCUUCCAGAUACGCCCUUUUCCUCUGUUCUUCACAUGAUAUGUUAAAUGAUAUGUUAAAUAUUUGCCUUAAAAAGAUUUAUGUCUUCUUAUAAAAAAAAAAAAAAGCUUACCUCUUCUUCAACUAGGAUAUAGUUCCCAUAAAGGUGGGCAGUUUGUUUUUUGUACUGUUACUUAUAUUUCCAGUGCCUAGAAUACUGCCUGGUAGAUAGAAUGUUUUCAGUGUGUAUUUAUUAAAUUGAGAAACUGUAGGCUUAUAGUGAGGAGUUUUAACCAGGGAACUGGCAUUAUUAAAUUUGGAAAAUCACUCUGGCUAUGUGUGGAAAAUGGGUUGGCAGAGAAUGACCUGAGUCAGGGAGAACUCUAGCAGCUGUAUGCUUCUAUGGCUGAAUAUUUGCACUGUUAUUGAUAUUUAACAUUUUUCAAAAAGGUGCAUGUUGAAAGACUAUGCAAGCUAAAUAAUGAAUGUGUUUACUAGUUCUUCCAGCAUAUGGACUGAAAUGGGCAUAGUGAGAUACCACCACCACACAGCCACUUGCAGUCUAAAAUUUGAAAGACCAGCCAUAUGAAGUUAUGGCAAGUAUGUGGUGCAACUGGAACUCUCAUAUACUGCCUGUAGAAAUGUAGAAAUGUAAAAUGGUACACCCACUAUGGAAAACAGAUUGAAAGAUUCUUACAAAUGUAGACAUAGGACCCAGCCAUUCCACUCCUGGGUAUUUAUUUGCUCAAGAGAAAAUAUGUACAUACAAUGACUUGUAUAUAUGUGCAUACCGUGCAUACAUACAAUGACUUGAACGUGAAUGUUUAUAACAGCUUUAUUUGGCACUACUAAAAACUGGAAACAACAUAAAUAUCUAUCAACGACUGAACGGAUAAAUUUUGAUAUAUCCAUACAAUGGAAAACUACUCAGCAAUAAAAAGAAAUGAAGUGGUGCUUGCUUCAGCAGCACAUAUACUUAAAAAAAAUGAAGUUUUGAUACAUGCAACAACAUGAAUGAAUCUUAAUUAUGCUGAGUGAAAGUAACUGGAGAAAAUGGAGCAUGUAAUGCAUGCUUCCGUUUUUAUAAAAUUUGUGGUGAUAUAAACUAAUAUAUAGUGAUGGAAAGCAGAUCAGUGGUUGUCUAGGGAUGGGGAAGGGAGCAUGGCAAGGAUGGGGGAAUGAUGAGAUUACAAAGGAGUACCAGAAUUCUUUUGGGGGUUUUGUUUAUUUGAUUAUGAUGAUAGUUUCCCAAGUAUAUACAUAGAGUAAAACGUCCAAUUGCACACUUUAAACAUGUGCAGUAUAUAUUAUUCAGUUAUACUUCAAUAAAACUUAUAAAAUUAGGACAGUGGAGCAGGAUUGAUACACUGAAUUUGCCAUGAUUUUCUUUGCCUUGAAAGCCAUGAAAUUUUAUUGAAAAGUAGACAGAAACAAAAGUUGAGUUUACUUACAGUUAUAGAGUCUAGUUGUAAUUGCAUUGUCUAAUCAGUUUAUUUGCUUAGUUAAAUUGUUUACCUACAGUAAGGAUUAUUUUUAAAAUAUACUUUUGUGUUGAACUGAAGAAGUGGUUUUCGAACAUGGUCAUGCACAAGAAUACCUGUGGGAAUUUGUUAGAGGUACAAUUUCCAGCCUGUUCUGAAUGAUGGGGGUGGGAAUCUUCAACUUCAGCCAGCUUCCCAGGCAGUUUCGGUGUAUGUUUCCAUAGACCACAUUUCAGAAUCACUUCUUAGUAGAACAAUGUUCACGUCAAAAUUGUAUGAACCUGGAUGGACACUACGGACUGCUAGUGCCAGAUUGAAGUGGACUAUUCUUCUUGAUUUAUACAUGAUGCCAUUAUUAUCUCAGGAACUGAAAUGGCCAAACAAAUCCAGAAAGAAAUACAGAGAGGUGUGGAAUCAUGGAUUUCCCUUGGGAACAGAAGACCUCACCUCAGUAUCAUCUUAGUGGGCGAUAACCCAGCAAGCCAUACAUACGUCAGGAAGAAGAUCAGAGCCGCCUCUGCUGUAGGUAUCUGUAGUGAGAUCAUUCUAAAACCUAAGGAUGUUUCUCAGGAAGAACUUUUGGACAUAACUGAUCAAUUGAAUAUGGACCCAAGAGUCAGUGGUAUAUUGGUUCAGUUGCCACUGCCAGACCAUGUGGAUGAGCGAACAGUGUGCAAUGGAAUUGCCCCUGAAAAAGAUGUAGAUGGAUUUCAUAUUAUCAAUAUUGGAAGACUGUGCCUUGAUCAGCAUUCUCUCAUACCUGCCACUGCCAGUGCAGUUUGGGAAAUAAUCAAGAGAACAGGAAUUGAAACAUUUGGGAAAAAUGUGGUUGUAGCUGGAAGAUCCAAGAAUGUAGGGAUGCCCAUUGCCAUGCUUUUACACACUGAUGGAGAACACGAACGGCCAGGAGGUGAUGCAACGGUGACAAUAGCUCACAGAUACACUCCCAAAGAACAACUGAAGAUCCAUACUCAGCUGGCAGAUGUUAUCAUAGUAGCUGCCGGUAUUCCAAAGUUGAUUACAUCUGAUAUGGUUAAAGAAGGUGCUGCUGUCAUUGAUGUGGGUAUCAACUAUGUCCAUGACCCAGUGACAGGAAAGACAAAACUGGUUGGAGAUGUGGACUUUGAAGCUGUUAAGAAGAAGGCUAGCUAUAUCACUCCAGUUCCAGGAGGCGUGGGACCCAUGACGGUGGCAAUGCUUCUGAAGAACACCCUUCUGGCAGCUAAAAAACUCAUUUACUAGAUCACGUGAAAGAAUAAAACAAAA